CGAAAAAAGAAAAAAAAAACACGACAACUUAAUCUUCACGUCCCAUUACCAUGUUGCCGGAACCAGCCGUCGACACUCACCGGAAACACAACUUCAUCGUACUUCUCCUCCUCGGACUUAUCGCUGUCGCGAGUUCAGACGAGCUCGACCUUUUGUUAACUCUCAAAACCUCCUUAUCCGAAUCAAAAACAAAAGUAUUUGAUUCAUGGAAUUCAAAUAAUUCUAUAUGCGACUUUACUGGAAUCACUUGUGAUGAUACUUUUUCAUCAGUUAAAGAAAUCGAGUUAUCGAAUCAGAAUCUUGUUGGUUCGAUUCCAUUUGAUUCCAUUUGUCAACUUAACUCGUUACAAAAGCUUUCUUUCGGGUUCAAUAAUUUGCACGGCUUUGUGACACAAGACCUCAACAAAUGCUCCAAGUUGACUUACUUGGACCUCGGAAACAAUUUUUUUUCGGGUUCGGUUCCUGAUAUUUCUUCCAUGAACCAACUUUUGUAUCUUUACGUGAAUAGCAGCGGAUUCACAGGAGCUUUUCCAUGGGCGGCACUCGAAAACAUGACACAUUUGGUGGCGUUAAGUGUCGGAGACAAUCCAUUCAAUCAAACCAAUCAGUUUCCAAACGAAGUUUUGAAGCUGACCCGUUUGAAUUGGCUAUACAUGUCAAAUUGCAGUAUCGGGGGAGAGAUUCCAGCUGGCAUAGGCGAACUCACGGAGCUAAAAAAUCUCGAAAUGUCAAUGAAUUACCUCACUGGAGAAAUUCCAAAAGAAAUCACUAAGUUAAAAAACUUAUGGCAGCUUGAGCUUUUCAACAAUAACUUAACUGGCAAACUUCCAGUUGGGUUAGGUAACUUAACUAACCUUGAAUUUUUCGACGCGUCUACUAAUUUUCUGCAAGGUGAUCUCAAUGAAGUUAAGUCUUUGAGUAAACUCAAAAGCUUGCAAUUAUUUGAAAAUGAGUUAGUCGGUGUAUUUCCCCCUGAAAUAGGCGAGUUUAAGGAUCUUGUAAACUUGUCUUUAUAUCGAAACAAGUUAACCGGGACGCUUCCUAAGCAACUUGGUUCGUGGUCUGAUUUUAACUUCAUAGACGUGUCGGAAAAUUUUCUCACUGGAGAGAUUCCUCCGGAUAUGUGCAAGAAUGGGGUGAUGACUGAGUUGCUUAUUUUACAGAAUAACUUCACGGGUCAGAUCCCGAGAAGUUAUUCUGAUUGUAAGACACUAACUCGGUUUCGUGUGAGUGACAACAUGCUUUCUGGUGUUGUUCCUAAUGGAAUAUGGGGGCUUCCUAAAGCUGAAAUUAUUGAUAUUGCUAAUAAUUUUUUGGAAGGAAGUAUUACAUCAGAUAUACAGAAUGCAAAAACAUUGGGGCAGAUAUUUGCAGCUCAUAAUCGUUUAUCUGGUGAAUUAGUACCCGAGAUUACAAAGGCUAAUUCGUUGGUUAUGAUUGAUUUAAGUCAUAAUGAUUUUUCGGGAAAAGUUCCUGAAAAAAUUGGUGAGUUAAAGCAGCUAGGAAGUCUUCAUUUGGAUAACAACAGGUUCACUGGUGAAAUACCCAAAUCGUUACGCUCUUGUGAUUCUCUCGGUGAUAUAAACAUGGCAUAUAACUUGUUUUCUGGCCGAAUUCCAGAAGAUUUAGGAUGGUUACCGACGCUUAACACGUUAAAUUUGUCUUCAAAUCAGUUAUCUGGUCAUAUCCCUGAAAGCUUGUCAUCAUUGAGGUUAAGUCUGUUAGAUUUAUCUCACAAUAGAUUAGCUGGCCCAAUCCCGGGAUCUCUUUCCAUUGAGGCUUAUAAUGGAAGCUUUUCUGGAAAUCCCGGGCUUUGCAGCCAAAAUGUCAAGUAUUUCCAAAAGUGUUCUUCUGAUAUGGGUAGUAUAUCACCCGUGAUUCGGACACUUAUCACUUGCUUGUCGGUUGGGUCAGCUGUGGUUUUGGUCCUACUGGCAUACUUGUGUUAUGUGAAGAGCAAAAGUCAAGGGGAUGACGAAUCGCGUGCUUUGAAGGAUGAAUCUUGGAAUGUGAGAUCAUUUCAUGUAUUAAGCUUCAUGGAAGAUGACAUUCUGAAGGCAAUUAAAGAUGAGAAUAUGAUUGGAAAAGGCGGGUCAGGGCAAGUCUACCGUGUGUCUCUUAAAAACGGUGUUGACCUUGCGGUCAAGCACAUCAUGAAUUCGGAUUUGGGUAAGCAGAGAAAGUACUUUAAUAAACAGAAGUCGUUGGAGUUUGACGCGGAGGUGGAGACUUUGAGCUCUAUACGACAUGUAAAUGUCGUGAAACUGUAUUGUAGUAUCACAAGUGAAGACUCGAGUCUGUUGGUGUAUGAAUAUAUGCCUAAUGGGAGUCUUUGGGACCGCUUGCAUACAACUAAGAAACUCGGACUUGAUUGGGAGACAAGAUAUGAAAUAGCUCUUGGAGCUGCAAAGGGGUUAGAGUAUUUGCAUCAUGGAUGUGAAAGACCAGUGAUUCAUAGAGAUGUUAAGUCUAGUAACAUACUUUUAGAUGAGCACUUGAAACCAAGAAUUGCCGAUUUUGGGCUUGCCAAGAUUGUGCAAACCGAUACCUCCAAUGGUUCUACUCAUGUCAUUGCCGGUACACAUGGUUACAUCGCUCCUGAAUAUGGAUACACAUACAAAGUGAAUGAAAAGAGCGAUGUGUACAGCUUUGGAGUCGUGCUAAUGGAGCUUGUGACGGGGAAAAAACCAAUUGAGUUCGAGUAUGGUGAAAACAAGGAUUUAGUGUAUUGGGUAUACAGUAAAUUGAAGAACAAGGAAAGUGUGCUAAGCCUUGUUGAUUCAAGUAUUCCUGAACCUUACAAGGAGGAAACAAUUAAAGUGCUAAAGGUUGCGAUUAUGUGUACUUCUAAGCUCCCAACCCUCAGGCCGACGAUGAGAAAUGUGGUUAAGAUGUUGAAGGAAGCCGAGCCAUGUAAAUUCUUAACGAUAAUCGUCAGCAAAGAUGAUAGCAAGAAAGAGACUGAAAAAGUAUAAUUGUAUUAUUGUAACAUAUGUAGCUUAAAGCUUCACAUACAUAAGUGUAUCUGUUUUUGUAAUAUUAUAGCAAAGGUAAUGGCUUGUGAGGCUAGAGCCAGUGUACAUUUUUGGUACUGAGAUUAGAACUCCUUUUUGCUAAAUCAAUCAUAAGUAUGGUAUCACAAAGAUGAUGGAUAUAGUUUUGUGUAAUAUGAAAUGAUCCAAUGUAAUAUUAAGUUUAUUGAGUGUCAUGUAUGAAAGACACUUUAUCCUGAA